GAGCCAAACAGACCACAGAUGCGAUUUUCUCGAAUGAAACAGAAAUUUUCUCUGCUGUCAGUUUUCUUCCAAUUCCAAUUGCUGGGAACUGCACAGGUUGGCAUAGAUCCAACAUUUAUAAUUCUGUGUAUCAAAGUCAAACUAUGGAAUAGGCGAUUGCCCAUGAAAGCAAAUACUGAUGCACAUGCAUUUGUUGGGAAUUAUAUCAUAUUUGGAAGCUGAGUCGAACUGGCACCUAUAUUAAUUGUGAUAAUGGUGAUUCUGGAACUUUCUCUAGUGUCUUGUAAUGAUCUUAUUUAUAUAUUCAUGAAAGAGGCAGUUCUACGCCUUUUUUUUUUCCUUUUUUGAUCCAGUAACAAUGAAAUUUUCUAGAGGAA